AAAACACUCACGCACCUGCGCAUGCCCUCUUCAUUUUGUCCUAACUUAAAUGGCUGGCUCAAGCGAAGAAGGAAAUGUAGUUUACUGGGAGCGUGACCAAACUAAUCCUAGCACUCCCACUAGUCUUGCUUGGAUGGAAAGGAAGUCUGGUGUUUUGGUUGGCAAGUACCGUUCACAUGCUGCAGAGACAAGACAAAAGAAAUCGAAACGUGUACAGAAGCAGAAACAUGAAGAAAAAGGGAAAGUCAAUGUAACUAUCAAAGACCUGGAUAAUGCUGAAAAGAAAAGAAUUGCAUCUCUAAUACAGGAGCUUGCCAGGAGCACUGAAGAGCGUGAGAUAGCAGUAGACCGUUUAAAACACGCUCAUGCUUCUUUGCAGCAGCAGAACCAGGAAUUAAAUCAAUUAGUUUUAGAAAAAGAACAAUUGUUGGCACGUAAUGUUGAAUGUCAGUCAAUAGUCAAAGAAUAUCAGAAGCAACUGAUUGUGCAAGAGGCGACUUUGUUGCAACUGAAACAAUCUGCAAUGUUUCAUCGAACGGAUAGAGAGUGCCAGGCUGAGUUGGCAACAAGAUCUGAUAAACAAGAAACACAAGACCAUCAGUGGACAAGUGGUGGAGGUCAACACAAAUCAUCAUAUGGAAGGGAGACUGACUUGCCACACCAGUUGUGGUCAGAUGGUCAGACAAAACUGUACACGUUAAGACAGGAGAUGGAGAGUGCUGAACAAAUUUCUGGGAAUUCAAAUAUGCUAGGCAGGGAGCAUGUCUCUCAUAGACAUUCGAAAGGUGUCCAAUGUGAGCUUUUCAAUGAAAUGGUAACAGAAUUACACUGUGCAACAAGAACCAAACAAAACUGUAAAUUGCCAAUUGGAAUAGAACCUACUAGUGAAACUUCUUCUGAAAACUCAGUUCAUCAGUGCUUGGUCACUGAUGGAUUUGUUGAUUCCAUUGAUCCCACUGGUGCUUCAGAAGGUUAUGAGAUGAAACACAAAGCUGUGCAAACGUUUAGAAAGAGUCAGCAGACCUCAUGUCAUUCAGUAAUCACCUCAGAACAUUAUGACACGGAACACAAGGCUGUUCAAACUUGUUCAGAUCAGCAGCAGCCAAGUUGUAUGAGUAGAGGAUGUCAAACUAUGUCUGUACAAGAGUUCUGUCACCAAACUUAUCGAGAUUGUGAAACUCAAACAGCAAGUUGCCUUAGUCAUCAAUCAGUUUGUUCUUAUGUCACUGCUUUGGUAGAUGUUGGAGUCCAAACUGAUCAUUUCGAAUUGUAUCAGGAUUAUGCCGUAGAACAUGCUGACAGGUUUAGUUUGUCUACUCUUUCAUAUGGGCGCAGGAUUGGAGAACCAUCAAAUGGCAGUAGUGAUAAUGUUUUGAUUUCUCCUGUGUGUCUGCAGCAUGGUAUUUCAAAGUCAUUGUUAGAACUGAUAGAUGAACUAGAUUUUAUUGACAAUGUUGCAGAUGAAAAAGUAGAGCAGUCAUUGGCAGUAAGCGAUGUAGACAGUGUUGAUGAGAACUCUGUUCUCAGUGAGAUAUUCUUUUUGUCAUCAUAGCCUUGUGUAUAGUUCACAAUUAUAUUGCAUUACUACAAGUGCUUUAUG